AUGGGUACCGCAGAAGACGAGACUGUCGACUCUCAGUAUCAUGAUGGAUCACUCACAGUCCAUGCCCAGCGACCAGCCUGGAGAUCGGUUUCGCUGGUACUGAUAUGCACCCUCGCCAUGAUUACGAACCUUGCAUCUUCGUCUUCCGUCUCGGUUUACCUCCCUGUGAUCGCGCAAGACUUGCACAUCAAAGAGAAUCAGCUACAAUGGCUUGUCUCCGCCUUCUCACUUUCAUCGGGCUGCUUCCUCCUUCUGUUUGGCCGGUUGGCCGAUUUAUACGGACGCAAAAAGAUGUAUCUCGGGGGGACAGUCUACCUGGGCCUCCUCUCCCUUGGAUGCGGCUUCGCCAAGAACGCUAACUCGCUCUUCAUCUUGCGAGGCUUCCAAGGAUUGGGUCCCGCCGCGUUCAUCCCGGCUUGUCUUGGCAUUUUAGCCCAUGCAUUCCCGCCUUCUCGCGCCCGCUCAGCGGCAUUCGCGACUUUCUCCGCUGGCGCGCCGAUUGGAGGCGCUGUGGGCUCGCAAAUCGGGGGUCUGCUGACGCAGUAUACACGGGCCACCUGGCACGCCCCAUUCUACCUCAUAUGUGGCCUGGGUGUCUUCUGUGCCGUCGUGGGUUACUUCCUCAUCGAUCCAGACCUCCCCAGCACGGAGACGGACCGUCGUGUCGACUGGUUAGGCGCCUUUCUGGUUACUGCGGGUCUAGCGUUGUUGGUAUUUGUGCUAAGCCAAGGCUCAAUAGCUUCAAAGGGCUGGAAGACGCCUUACAUAGUAGCCCUCUUGAUCUUGGGUGUACUACUCCUCGCCGCAUUCAUCUUUUGGCAGUACUACCUUGAGAAGAACAGCGAAACACAACGGCCUCCACUGAUGAAACUAUCGAUGUGGACCCGGGCAAAGGGGAAGUUUGCGGUCAUGCAAGCCAUCGCGUUCUUUCAAUGGGCGUCGUUCCUCUCGUGGUAUUUCUGGGCCCAGGUCUACUAUGAGAAUUAUCUCCGACUGUCUCCUGUCCACACCGCAGUCCGCAUGCUGCCAAUGAUGGUGACCGGCUUCCUGUGCAAUGUGUUUGUCAUGCUCGUUGUUGGCCGGUUGGAUUUCAUGAUCCUCAUUGCUUGUGGCACGUUUUUCACGGGAAUCGCGCCUCUUCUCUUCGCAUUGAUAGUACCCUCCGCAUCGUAUUGGGCCUUUGGCUUCCCCUCCACAGUUUUCUCGGUGUUUGGCGCAGACUUCAUAUUCGCUGGAGGUACACUCUUCGUCGCCAAGGUCUGUUUGCCACACGAGCAGAGUCUGGCGGGCGGAAUAUUCCAAACUCUUACCCAGCUUGGGACCGCGUUUGGUCUUGCCAUCACGACGAUUGCGUUUGAUGCCAAGUUGUCCGAUGCUGACGAGAGGGCGCCUUUAGAGGCGUAUCAGACCGCGAACUGGGCUGCUUUCGCCAUGUCGGUGCUGUGUACAAUUCUCGCGGUCGUGUGUCUGCGUGGUGUUGGGCCUAUCGGGUCAAAUGAAAAGUCGGUCUCGAGACAAACCACACCCUCGCCGUUCGAGGAAGGAAAAGGCGACGUAUAG